AAUUUUGCCCAUCAACUUCCCUUCCAAUGUGAUGUAGGAAGCAUAUGUUCCCAGUUUUGAAAGUAUUGUAAUUGUUGACCGUUUGGUUUAUUUGGGUGGUGAUCCACUGGGCAUGUGGGAAUCUUUCAGUUUUCUGUAAAUGGAGCUAUGUUUCGUUUAGUUAUAGAUAUAGAUGUAUCCUCAAAGCGCCUCAAGUCCUAAUAAGAUUGGCUUUUUCCGUAGUCCAAAUAUACCAUGAAUGUAGCUAUGUCAGACCGAGAAUGUAUCACAAAAUCUUCGGAGCUCAAGUCACACAGGUCUCCUAUUUAUGUCUAGGUUCCUGUACAGCAUUUUAAAUCUGCACCUUGGAUCUACAAAGUGAAACACAUAGUUCAUGCUUUUAAUUAAUUUGUGAAGCUAGAGUAUAUUUCCUAAGAAAAGUCUCCCGCCACCCUGUUUCAUUUUUGAAACAAAAUGUAAAUGUUUAGUCUUCACACAUUGAUUAAUAUGAAUGGUUUUCACAAAAUGAGUGUGUGCGUCAUCCAUUUCAAUCAGUUACUUUCAAAUAUUAGGUAAAAAAAGUUCAAAUUCAAUAAUACAAGCUGAUAGUGAAUCUUAUGCCAAAAGAAACAUAUUAUGAUCCUGCACUUUUUCUUAAGUUUCAAAAGUAAAUAUUCUGUCCUGGCAUCUUGGAAUCCUAAUUCCUGACUUGUAAAUACUUUGAGUAACAUUGGUUUGAAAUGGUGACGUUCAAACUUAAUAUUUGUUACAAUGAAGUACAGUUACUGCUAGUUAAAAGUAUUAUCCCUCAUAGUCGGGGAUUUUAACUUUAUACCAUUAUAACAAUUCCCACCUCCUGAGAUAUCAUCCUUGUUUUUGCAAUUACAGAAUCAGCACGGAAGAGAGAAAAUCUUUACAUUUUUACCAAUCUUGCCCACGUGGACGCCAACGCGUCGGUCCAACUAGAAUCCACGUCAGCUCUCGCCCCCGCGCCCAACCCGUCUAGCCCGCCUAUCCAAAUCCUGCCCAUUCUCCACUCUCCUUUCCUCUCCUCUGCUCCGCGACGGCGUCCUCCUGCUCCGCGACGGCGUCCCCGCCCCUGCAGUGCCGCCGCCGCCGCGACGUGCGUGUCCUACCCGUCCGGCCCGGCCCGGAAUGGGCCCACUCGUGGCCCAUGCAGCUGCUGGGGGUGCUCGCCUGCGCAGCCGCGGAGCCGCAGCUGCUGGAGCAGUCGGCGCUGCAGGCGUUCCUCGCGGGCUCGCCGCACGAGUGCGCGGCCACCUGCUUGACGACGGCGUCGUCCUCCACGAGCUGGUGGCCGAUGCCCACCACCACCAGAUGCUGGAACACCUGCAGCCCCACGCCGGCGACAAGGCUCCGCCACACCGUCGCCGUCCGCAGCAGCGCCUCCAGGCUCACCUUCUCGAACGAGCCGCGCUCCUGCGCCUCCGCCGCUACUGACUCCUUCAGCUCCUCGAUCUCCCGCUCCACCUCCGCCGCAGGAUCGCCUCUGCUUCCUCCGCCCGCCCCUACACUCGGCAGCAAAUUAAACUCACCGCUGCUUGCAUUUGGAGAAGGUCGUGCUGACUGUUUGCCUUGGCCGUGGAGAAGAAAAAGGAGCAGAGGGAGAGAGAGGCGCUGGCUAAUUGGGGAAGCCUGCUGCGGAGGUCGUGGUGGCCACGACGGAGCCAUGCAGGCAAUAAGAUACCCCAGCAUGUGCUUGCAACGGCAUGGCGAGGCCACUCUAUGGUCUACGCGCGUCACGGAGCUUGCUCUCAGGGCGAGCUGCGCGCGCACGGUCUCGAUGCAGAGCUUCGCCCAUGGCUGGAGGUGGAAACUGGUCGGAGGAAAAAGACCAUGGAACGCGUCCGUGCCGGCCUGCGACUCGACGGGCAUCUGGUGCGACGCAGCCAACGCCACGGUCGUCGACCUCCACCUCCCGGGCAUCGGCCUCAUCGGCAGCGUGCCGCCGGGCACGCUCGGGGGCUGCAGGGACUCCAGGUCCUCCCGUUGGGCGACAACGCACAGUAUGGACGCCCGGCGGCGUCGCGUGGGCGAUGACAGCGACGCUGCAGGGGCGGGGCGGGCGAGGCAGUCGGGAGCAGAGGAGGGGCAGAAGGAAGAGAGUGGAAUGGGCUGGGUUGGGCGCUCGGGCUAGACAAAAGGGGCUCGGGUAGGACGUGGCGGGCAAGAGCCGACGUGGAUUCUAACGGGAUUGACGCGCUGGCGUCCACGUGAGCAAGAGUGGUAAAAAUGUAAAAUUUUUCUCUCUCCCGUGCUGAUUCUGUAAUUGCAAAAAUAAGGAUGCUAUGUCAGGAGGUGGCGAUUGUUAUAAUGGUAUAAAGUUAAAAUCCCCCUCAGUCUUCACAUACCUUCAGCGUUUAGUAUGGUGAUGAAAUAUUAUUUGGGUACUGCUCUCAUUUUUUUUAAAACUUUGUAUGCAAUAGCAAGAAAGAGCAAAAAGCACAACUGUUUUAUCUCUCUUGUAAUCAUCACUUGCAUUUGACUUAUACUCAUAACACUUAUUUUACUUUCAAUCUAAUGUAGAAAAAUCAGCACAUACAAUUUGUUUCAUAUUUUCCUCUUUCAGCUGCGUCUAUAAUGUAAAGUUCAGUUCAAGAGUUUUGUUGCUUAUUUGCUCUUUUCUGACCAACUCUAGAUGAUUAGUGCAG